GGCGCCGGCGCGGAGAGGAAGGGAGCGGAGCGGCCGCCGGAGCGGCCCCUGAGGAAGGUGAGGACCUCUUGGAAGAGAACCCCAUGGCCACCAAAGUGCCCAUCUACCUCAAGAGAGGCAGCAGGAAGGGGAAGAAGGAGAAGCUCCGCGACAUCCUCUCCUCCGACAUGAUCAGCCCGCCCUUGGGGGACUUCCGGCACACGAUCCACAUCGGAAGCGGCGGGGAGAGCGACAUGUUUGGGGACAUCUCAUUCCUUCAAGGAAAAUUCCACCUCCUCCCCAGGACCCCGGGAAGCCUCGACUCUGACAAGGAAAGCCCCGAGGAGGCGGCGGUGGCGGCGCCGUUCGAGUUUUCCAGGACCGCCACGAUCUGCGGCCGCCGGCGGAUUCCUUCUUCCCAGAAUUCUUCUCCUCUCCUCAAGAACGCCAUCUCCUUGCCCGUCAUCGGGGGUCCCCAGGCCCUGGUGUUGCCCCCUGCACAGGCCCCCCCAAAACCCCCACGGUUGCACUUGGAUGAGAAAGUUUCACCCAAUGAGGAGGAGGAGGAGGCUGCGGGCGUCUCCUCACCGCCCCAUCCCUGCGCUUCCCGCUUGGCUCCCGCCAACGGAAGCCCCGAGCCCCCCUUCCUCUCCCACGCCGGUUCCCUCCUCUCCCUCCACGUGGAUUUGGGGCCUUCCAUUUUGGAGGAUGUUCUACAAGUCAUGGAGAAGCACCAAGCAGAGAGAGGAGGCGGGGGAGGCAUCAAGGAUUCGGGCAGGCAGGAAAUCCCAACGUGAAAACGGGGCCGCGCGACGACGUCGGCGAACGGAUCCUCAACGUUGGGGUCUUGGCGGGGUGGUUGGGUUGGGUUGGGUUGGGUUGGGGUUUUCUCCUUCAACAACAGCUCAGACCCCCAAGUUGGACCCUCCUGAAGAGCACAUGAAUGGGACCUUGAGGAUUUCUCCUCCCCAAAGACCUCUGGAUGUUUCUUCGGCGUGGGGAGAAGAACCAACCCAACCCUACAAGGAGAAGAACCAACUCUACCCAAUAGGGAGCAGAACCAACUCCACCCUACAGGGAGCAGAACCAACCCAAUCCUACAGGGAGAAGAACCCACUCUGCCCUAUGAGGAGAACCAACUCUACCCUACAAGGAGAAGAACCAAGUCUACCCUACAAGGAGAAGAACCAAGUCUACCCUACAAGGAGAAGAACCAACUCCACCCUACAGGGAGCAGAACCAACCCAAUCCUACAGGGAGAAGAACCCACUCUGCCCUACAAGGAGAAGAACCAACUCCACCCUACAAGGAGAAGAACCAACUCCACCCUACAAGGAGAAGAACCAACUCUACACUACAAGGAGAAGAACCAACUCCACCCUACAAGGAGAAGAACCAACUCUACCCUACAGGGAGAACCAACACAACCUUACAGGGAGAAGAACCAACUCUACCCUAUAAGGAGAAGAACCAACUCCACCCUAGAGGGAGAACCAAUCCAACUCCACAGGGAGAAGAACCAACUCCACCCUACAAGAAGAACCAACCCAACCCUACAGGGAGAAGAACCAACCCACCCUAAGAUACCAAGAUGGCUGCUGGAUGCUACCACUUCACUGUAGGACUGCACCAAGGGUGCAAAAUGAGACACCACAACUUGACAAAAUCCUUGUGGGACUGGAAGGGGUGAAGGAGUUGGGGUGAAUUCCCGUAUUUUUGGGUCAGGAGGAGGUUUGGGGUGGUUUUGGGGGUUUUUGGUUGAAGAAGGGGCUGUGGUUUGCUCUGGUGGGGGCAAAGUGUUGCCUGAAGCACAAGUGUUGGCUUUGGCUUUGUUUUGUUUUUAUAAGAAUCCCAGAAAUGGGUGAAUUUAGCAAAAGGCUCCGUUGGGCUUUGUAAUUAAUGAAUUCUGAGGCUGUAAUUAAUGAAUGUUGACAUUUUUAACCAUUUCUGGUAGUUUUUUGCCCAAAAGAAGCUGUCCUCCCCGUGAGGGGUUGCAGUGCCUCUUGAGGAGCCAGUUUUCUGCUGGCUCCCUCUGGCAGUUUGGUGAAACCCCCAGGAUUUGGGGUCAAGCCCCAGGAUUUGGGGUCAAGCCCCAGGAUUUGGGGUCAACCCCCAGGAUUUGGGGUCCAGCCCCAGGAUUUGGGGUCCAGCCCCAGGUUUUGUUCAAUCCUUCUGGUUGCAGAAUAAUUAAAGAACGUGAGGUU